AUGGAAGCUGAAGAAUCGUCAUCAUUGCUGCUACUCAAAGUAAAGGAGGAUCUGAAGGAGGAUCCAACUGAAAACGCAGAUGACAACUCUUCGUUUGCAGACCCCGUCUUAGAAGGCAAGGCAGAACCGGAAUUUUUUUACUAUCUUGAUUUUGAUGUGAACUGUUCUACCUACUCUACUAUUAAGUGUGGAAAGGACAGCUCUCCAACCUGUGAUGAUGAGAGCAGAAAGGAAAAGAUCUGUAUUGGAGAAGAAAAUAGAUAUUUGGGUAGAAGCAACACAGCAGGGAAGCGAUUAACUUGUGCUGAAUGCCAAAGGACAUUUUCAAGAAUUGACAAGCUGAAAUCCCACAUGAGAACUCAUACGGGAGAGAAGCCAUAUAGUACUUGCUCUGUAUGUCAAAAAAGUUUUUCUGAUUCAAUUACUCUCAAAUGUCACAUGAAAACUCAUAUGGAAGAGAAACCAUAUGCUUGCUCUGUUUGUCAAAAAAGUUUUUCUGUUUCAAGUAAUCUCACAAACCAAAUGAAAACUCACAUGGGAGAGAAAUCAUAUACUUGCUCUGUUUGUCUAAAAAGUUUUUCUGUUUCAAGUAAUCUCACAAACCACAUGAAAACUCAUAUGGGAGAGAAACCAUAUACUUGCUCGUUUGUCAAAAAAGUUUUUAUAGUUCAAGUCAUCUCAUACAUCACAUGA